AUGGGAAAUGCACUUUUAACAAUAUAUUCACUGUUAUUACGGCUGAUAACCGGCGAUGAACUGGUUUUGAGCGAUAAACAGUUGAAUGACGGGACACCGCAACACUUGGCCGCUAUUGCCGACGAUUAUUUAACAGCUCUACUAAAUGCCCAUCACUUGACCGCAGACGACAAUCCCAUCGACGACCAGAACACUCGGUCCAAGAGAUCGCCUCAAACUUAUGGCCAAAACGGAGACUCAUUUACAGACAAUGGUGUCCACCGCUUGCGAUCCAUUGUACCGCUGAUGACCACAUGUGAGGCGUCCGUCGACUUCACGACAAUCCCAUUCAACGGCCAAACGUAUGGCAUAUGUGUGUCGCGAUCGAUGGGUCAGAAGUCGGCCAAAGUUAGUGUCGGCGCCAUUACUGGCAACGGAUGGCAGCGGGACUUAAUUUCGUGGUCAGUAAUAGACCCGCAAAAAGUGGUGGCGUUUGUGGACGAAGACAAAGACUCAAAAGACCCGAAUCUAUACGUAUUGGUGGCCGACUCGGCCGUCAGUGACGGAACCAACCUCUAUGUGAUCAACAAAUAUAAUAAGAUGAUUACCAAAGAGCAGCUCACAGUAAACAGUAAGUGGCCGACGGCUAUCGCUGUUUGGUGGUCGCGAUCCGACACUUCCUACCACUUGGCGAUCGCCAACUCUAACGGCAAAGACUCGUCUCAAACCUACAAAUCAAAUACCUCUGUCUAUCAUUGGAAACAAACAUAUUUUGAUCGAUACUCAGAAAUGACCACUUAUUACGUGAAAGACAUCUGUCCUUUCAAUAUACACAGCAAUGAGUUCAUAGCUGUGGCCAAUUAUAAGGCCGGACCGAACCAAAUGGCCGUCGAGUCGGAGAUCUUUAAGCUGGACAUCGACCGCAAGAAGUGGCGCUCAUUUCAACGCAUCCGGACGUUCGGCGCCGUCGACUGGGAGUUCUUCGCGAUCGGCGACGACCGGAACAAAGAGUACUUUCUGGUUGUGGCCAAUAGUUUUGCCAUAAAUAACGGUCAAAAGGUCAAUUCAAUGAUCUAUAAAUUUUCUGACGAUCGGUUCGUGCUGUUCCAGUCGUUGGCUACAAUCGGCGCGACACAACUCGACUCGUAUAUCGGCUCUAAGGGUGAGUUUGUCUUAGCGGUGGCCGACAACGAUCCCAAUCAAGCCCUCCAUUUCUAUCAAUAUAACGGCUGGCGUUUUGUCUCCGCUUCCUUUCAACACAAGAUCCCUGUGUGGGGUCCAGGAGUGGCGUCCCUUCACUUUUCAUAUCUCCCAAUCCACCGGUCAGUUAUACUCGUUGUCAGUAAUCCUAAUCAGCCAAUUGGACGCGUGUUUGGACUGGACUUUAUUUUCGAGAAUCCUUUGGACGACUGGCACAAGAAGAGUCUGGUCUGGUGUGCGGCCACCGAUCGGGACGUGAAUCACAACACGAUUCCUCCGCUUAAAGACGUUUUCUUUGUCGACCAAUCGGAACCCAUUGUCCUUAACAGUGACUUUAUUUUAUCCGAUCUUGUGGUGGACUCGCUGUCGACACCUCUUCUCGUCGACGAUUCCACUGGCGAUGAAUUGAGUCACAAACUUAUCGAGAAUUUGAUUCAAUUGGAUCACGAGAUACACGCCGUGGAGGCAAAGAUGGGUCAAAUUGUGGACAUAUUAUCCAACGCUUUGAGGACUCGCGGCAAUCAAGAAAUAACUGCUCCUCAUGUCUAUAAAUCAGUUGAUUUUGACUGCAGUCCAGGCAUGGAGUGUCUCGUCGGACACAUUCAGACCAAUGUCCUCAAUAAGGAUAACGUUAAUGGUUUGGCCAAUGAUAUCGUUCCUCUCAAUAGAGAUCAGACUAUAGACCAAUCGAUGCAUUUUGAGAACUUGAUCGCCGACAAGAAUAUUAUGCUCAACGGUUUACUCAACGGUAUAAAUACGGAGCAAAUUGUUACCAAAAGUGGAAAUCACAUGAUUGUGGCCCCGAAGACAUUUGCCAACAAUGUGUCCGCCAAUGAAGUGGUUGUCAAUCAUAUGAUUAAUCGCGAGAUAAUAAAUCCGUCCACUGUUUUGCUCACAACUGGCGACCAAAUUGUUAACAAUACCCUAAAUUUCAAAGGAGGUAUUGAUGUGAAUAAUAUCCGGACCAAUGGUCCCGUGAGUGGCGUUAAUAUCGAUAAGUUCUUUGCGGAAGUGGUCACCAAAGAUGGCGAUCAUAUCAUAAGAGGCGAAAAGGGCUUUAAAAACAUAGAACUGAACGAACUAUUGAUGGCAAUCGGCUCCACUAUCGAUGGCGUGGAUAUAAUGCAAGUGUGGAGAGACGUGUUGUGGACUUAUGGCGAUCAAGUGAUAGAAUCGGCCGUCAAUUUCACCGAAUUGGUGAUCGACGGGAAUCUAUUGGUGAACGGACUCGUAAACGGUGUUAAACUUCCCAAUGAUAUCAUUCGAGUCAAUGAAAACGCUGUCAUUUCGGCCUUUAAAGAAUUCCUGGCGACCAUAAAGUUUGACCGAAUGGAAGUGUUGAAUGCUAUCAAUGGCAUCGGUUUAGUCGGCGGACAAUUGGACAUAAUGUCUAAAUCGGCCGAUCAAGUAGUUCCCGGACGUAAGACAUUUACCAAAAUGCAUUUGAGUGGACACAGUCCGGUCGCAGGGACUGUGGAUGGCGUGGAUUUAUCUCAUCUGAAACAAAGUUUGCUCAUCAGUAAAGCUGCACAACAUUUCGAUGUAUUGGAAAUCACGAGAAACGCCUUCUUUGACGCGGGACUCACUCUCAAGACCGGAAUAAAUGGCUUAAAAAUUGAAGAUUUUUAUAAUAAUGCUCUCAAAUUGACUGACGGUCGUAUCCACGGGUUUCAGCACUUUGUGAUGAAUAACGUGGCCAUCAAAUCGCUUGAAUGCCUAUUAAUUAAUAACUUGAAUAUUGGUUUGGAUCUCAUGACCAAAAACACUGAUCAACCUGAAAAUAACUUAACAAUUGCUUAUAUAAAUGGUGUAAAUUUUAAUUUCAUAAACGACACGGUUUUGUACGGUUUGGCUAAUUAUAUAACCGGAGAGAAAACAUUUGUCGGCGAUCUAUGGGUUAAGAAUCUGCGAGUGGACACAAUUAACAACAUUUCAAUGGCAGACAUUGUUUUAGUGAAUCGGGACGAAGUGAUUACAGCUCCCAAACAAUUAGAAAACGUUAUCAUUUACGGCGAUCUCAAUGUCCAUAGUUUUGAUUCUCAUAUUAUAAAUGGAGUUCAUAUGAAUAAUUUUUACGCAAAUAGUCUUCAGUACACAAAACCGCAAACAUUUACCGGUCGACCAAAUUUUGACACUAUUAUCGUUCCGAAGGCAACUAAUUUUGGGACCAAUUCUGUGAAUGGAGUCAAUUUGAAUCAUUUGAUGGCAGACGCCGUUCUCACAAAUGUGCGGCAAAUAAUUGUCGGUCAGAAGACAUUCAUCUCUCCCGUAACCAUCGGUUCUGUCAUUUUUAAACAUACCAUCGAUGGAGUGACUGAUUAUCUAAUGAGAAACGGAUGGCUUUUGCAAGACGUGAAGCAAAUAAUUAAUUCGGAUGUAAUUUUUGAACACAUGGUUCGCGUAAACGAUGGCAUAUUAAUGGCUAAACCAGUGAUAAAUAAUAUCGAUUUAAAUCUUCUCAACGAUAAUACGGUUAAAGUGGACGAACCGGCGGUUAUAGGAGGUGUAACCCGACUUACGGGAAACGUUGACUCGAAAGGUCACAUCCGACUAAAUGGUAGAUUUCAAGGCAUUAAACUGAGCGAAGAGGCCGUGCGUCUGAACGGAGACAAUACAUUCAAAGGCCAAAUCCAUUUCACCCGAGGAUUUGCAACUCAACAACACUUGCAAACGACUGGAACUGUUGAUGGCGUGAAAGUCGAAGAGUUGUGUCAGUUUACUGUUCGCCACAAUCAGGAUCUGGUCAUAUCGGGUCCGACACAAGUGACUGGAAAUCUCGUAAUUAAGGGUCCGCUUAAUGUGAACAUUGGUGUCAACGGAAUGAAUAUCCAAGACUUCUUCAGAAACACUCUUAAAGUGGACAAACCGUUAGUCUUUAGAGGUGUUAAGAAGUUUAAGGUAUUGAUAAUCGAGGGACCACUCGAUGCCAGACAAUUGGUCGCCGGGUUUAGGAUAGAAGAGUUGGCCAACAAUUACAUGAGUCUCAGUCGCGACCAAACGGUUAACUCAAAAAUAAUUUUUCUCAAUGAUUUAACUUUCAACAAAAAUCUUCACAUCAAUGGAAAUCUCUUCACAACAAAUGCCACAAUCAAUGGAAUAAAUAUUCAUCGUUUGGAUUCAACAGUUCUGAAGACAUUCGGCCAUCAAUUGAUUACCGGUGACAUCACUUUUGGUAAUAACGUACACUUUGACAAAGACUUGAAUAUUCAAAACCGACGAAUCAAUGGUUUGCAUCUCGUGGACGACUUAAUGCUCAAAGGAAGAGAUAAUGUGGUGACAGUUCCCAAGAUCUUUGCUCAAGACAUUGUGGUUACGAAUGAUCUAAUAAUUAGCGAUAAUAAGACCGUCGGAGGCGUCGAUCUUUCAGAAAUGGCGAAACACUCUGUGUUAAGAAAUAAUGGCAAAUACACAAUAUAUGGUCAAAAACACUUCCAUCGACUAGAAGUGGAUCACUUGAAAGUCCGACUCAUGAAUGACAUGGAAAUAUCUGACAGAACUCUUCUCUUGACUUUUGGGAAUCAAACAAUAUUUGGCGCAAAAGUAUUAAACGGCGAUUUAAUAGUCAAUUCUGCGAUCAAUGCAAACACCGUUAAUAACAUAAAUAUACCAAAACUGGCCAAUAGUCUGGUCCUUAAGGGAUACAACGUUACGAUAACAGCGCCGAAGACAUUCAAUUCGUCGCUUUCUGUGCAGAAUGUGGAGGCGUUUGGGAGAGUGGAUGGCGUGGAUCUGAAUGAACUCAAUUACUUCAUACGCCUUCCCAUCGAUUUACAGGACCUAAGAGUACGGCUCGGCGUUGAGGACAAGAAGAUUGAAAGACUUCGGACGGCAUUAAGCAAACAGUCGUACGAAUUGGACUUUUAUGAGUUGCACACAACUAUGCCUUCCGGUCCGCCGCUACUCUCCUAUCACAACACAGACACCGAUUCCCAACACCUCUUCAUUACUGGUCAGCGCUUGAGUAACGGUUGCCGAGAGGUUGACGUCUACGCCAACUCUCGCAAUGGAUUUGAAUUGCUGUCAAAGUUGUACACAAUUGACGCUAAUUUGAUGACUACUUUCACAUCUAAUGGACACCAGUUUGUUGUCGUCACAAACGCUAAUAACGGUCCUCAAGCGGAACAGUGUCUCAAAAUGAAUACGUUUACAAAGUUAUCACAUUCUGGAAGCGGUCCUCAAAUCACUCAAGUGUUUGUCUUCGAUGGCCAACAAAACAAAUACAAUGAAAUAGAGAUUAUUCACACCCAUAGUGUCACCGAUAUUGAUGUGAUCGAAGAUAAUACUCUUAAUCCGUGUCUAUUAAUGGCUAUUCCUGUUGUAAAUCGAGUGAAGGGUCAGUCGAUUGUCGUCUGUCUUAACGGUAACGGAAACUUCUAUUUGAGAGAAACGGUUCCACUCUUAGGAAGACAUCGGUUUACGAUAACCCGAAGCAAUAAAUUCAACCGAACAUUAAUGGCAUCCAUAAAGCGGUGGUCACCUAAAGAGUGGAAGUUCUCCGACAUAAUGAUCAGCGAGUGGUCGUCACAUCUCCAGCAUUUCGAUCACUCCGUACAGAGGAUUGAAUUCCUGAACCCAAUUGCCAUUCAUUUGGUGGACAUUCCCUCAGAUUCUGCCACUUUUCUCAUCGCAGCCGAAAAGAAGACAUCACUCACUCAUAAGCCGUUGGUUCGUAUCUUUAGGUACAAUCAUAAACGCGUGGAUCCGUUCACUGAAGUGCAACAAAUCAAACGCCUGGAAGUGACACAAAUCGAGUCCGUAUUCUUAGACCACCGAAGAGUUCUGGUCUUAAUGCUAUCGAAAGAUAUAUUAUUCGUAUACCAAUUGAAAGGCGCGUCUGGUUUCCAACGCGUGUAUCAAAUGGACGUCCAAAACGCCAGAAGUUUUAUUGUAUCCAAUAAUGUAAAGAAUGGCCGAAUUGUUGGCAGUUUGGUCUCUAUUGAUAUCUAUGAUUGCAAUGUAAACGAUGCCAAUUGUCAUCAAACUGUUGUUUUGGACAGUCGUCUCAUUGGCCUUUAA